GCGAGGUAAGAGCCAGCUAGCUUAGCUCGUAGAGAAGAAUUAGCAUCAUAAACUGCUGCGAAUAUCGCCACAUCUCGCGAAUAACAAUAUUUCCUGACCUGAGAAAGAGUUAUGGGUAAAAGCUGCAAGGUGGUGGUUUGUGGACAGGGUGCAGUGGGGAAAACGGCUGUUUUGGAGCAGCUGCUGUAUGCCAACCAUGUUGCAGGUUCCGAGCCCAUGGAGACUCUGGAGGACAUCUACAUCGGUUCUGUAGAGACGGACCGUGGUACACGAGAGCAGGUGCGCUUCUACGACACCCGCGGACUGCGGGAGGGGAUGGAGUUCCCUCGACAUUACUACAGUUUCGCAGAUGGUUUCGUACUUGUGUACAGCAUCGACAGUAAAGAGUCAUUUAAGCGAAUGGAGGCGCUAAAAAAGGACAUAGACCGUCAAAGAGACAAGAAAGAGGUGACCAUUGUUGUGCUGGGUAACAAGCUGGACAAGCAGGAGGAAAGAAGAGUCGACUCCAACAUGGCCCAGAACUGGGCAAAGAAUGAGAAGGUCCGUCUGUGGGAGGUGUCGGUGGUGGACAGACGCACGCUGAUAGAGCCCUUCGUCUACCUGGCCAGCAAAAUGACCCAGCCACAGAGCAAGUCCACCUUCCCUCUCAGCCGCAACAAGAACAAGGGAAGUGGUUCUACAGAUAGUUAAAUGACCAAACACUGUUUUCAUGUUUCAGAGGGAGGAAUAUCAAUGAUCUUUAUUUAUAGAGCACUUUCAAAAUUCAGAUUGUAAACUCCUUCUCAAGGCAACAGUUUAAAGAAAUGUUUAAUUCAAAUAGAAGCAGGAAAGGUCAAUGAUAAAAGUAUGGACUUAAAAGAAACACCUGAGUUAACCGACCAGAUUUUUUCUGACAGAUCAUUCCAGAGCCCCUGGGCCAUGACUGCAAAGGUUCUGUCACCUUUAGUUUAGUUCACUAAAAUCUUAGGAUCAAUUCUAAAUUAUACAGGGAGCCUGUGCAAAGAGGCGUAAAGAGGAGUGAUGUGAUCACGUCUCUUGGUUUCCGUUAGAGGCCUGGCAGCUGAGUUUUGUAAAAGGGAGAAAAGAUGUUUUAAACAGAGCCAUGUUUUACUAAAUCAUCAGCUUUGCUAUCAUGAAGGACAGAGGUUGAAGAAGUUUGAGAUGUGGAGAAGUUUGAGAUGUGGAGAAGUUAGAAGACGAAAGGCAGAAUGAAUGUAUGGAUAUUUAUGUACAGUGAACUCUGUAGGUAUUACUAUAGGAUCCAUUUUAGAUUUUUGGGUGAAAUUCUAAUUUAAUCAUGAAUGAGUGAAAAUGGUGAUCUCUUUAUUUUAUUGUGCCAUAUCAGCAAACAAAAUAUCAAUGAAUAUAAGGUGUUUUUAUUUGUCACUUGUAUUUUAUCGUGCUGGAGUAUGAUCACGCUGUUCAUCCACAGUCUUGUUACCACUAUAGCUGUUAAAAUAAUGUGCUUCUUGAAGUACUUUUAAUCAGCAUUAGGUCUGAGAUGUCACUCUAAACAGUCCAGAUACGUUGUGCUCACUGUAGAGAUAAAUCAGGACCUGGCCCAUAUGUACACUGGCUAUUAUUUUAUGUACAUGUACACACAGACUGAAUCUUAACCCUCAUCACUUUUUAAAUUACUUUAUUAUUCCGAUGUAUCUCACGUGUUAUAACAAGUGAAAAGAUUUAUUGAGACAUUAUUGAUUAUGAACAGUGUGCUGUUUCUUUUGCUCUGGAGUUUUGUUACACUAUACACAGUAUACACUGUAUAUGUAUGCAGAGAUUCAGUGUUGGAUGAUGUAAUGAUUGACAUUCCUUACCACAUAUGGCCUUGUGUACAGGCGUAAGAAGUUUGAAUAUAAGUUAAAAGAUGUUCAGAUGAAGGGCAGCUUCUGCAGGCUCAGGGGCAACUUUUCCUUCUUGACCACACAUUUAAAACAUGGGCCACAAAUCUAUAGUAUAGUUUGUAUCGUAAAAUGUCAUGUUACACUGUGACUCAUCAGUUACAGUCAGUGCUGAAGUUAUAGCUGGUGUGUUUGUACUGAGCAACUAAAUAAAAAUUAGAACACAUUUACUGACCUGUUCAUUCAGGAUGCAACAUGAGGUCAAAUAUGUGCAGCUUUUAUUAUUAGUUUGAUUGAAAAGGGCAAAUCUGCUGUUGCUGUCUUUAGUAUUCAAGUACAAGACACUGUCAACCCAAUGUGUCGUUUUUUGUAAACAUCGAACAUUCAAGUUGAGUGGUCACCUUGAUAUUCGUUUGUAUGCAAGCAAAUUAAAAGAUUUUUUUCCUUGGCCCAAUCACAA